ACUGUCACAACUGUUGAAAAACAUGAUACUUAUUACAUGUGAAAAAAGUGCUUCCUAUUUGAAAUUGUAUAAAAUUGUUACAACUGAUAGACUGCAGUUAAAUACUAAAUAGCCUACACAGUAUUUGCAAAUGUAUAAAAUUUUUAAAUUGGUUAAUUAGUUAAAAUAGGAAACAUGUCAAAGUGGAUUGGAUAUGCUGUGUCCGUCAACUGUGGUGAGCCAUUGGGCUGCUACCAGGGGACCAUACUAGAGGCAGACGGGACUACGAUCACUUUGACUAAGGCAUUUAGGAACGGAUUCCCCUAUCCGAAAUCCCAAGUAACACUAAAUGCGGCUGACAUAAAGGAUCUGAAAAUAAUUGAGGAGGCGAAAUCAAAGUCAGCAGAACAGACACACAGCACAGUGGCUGUAAAGAAUAAUAGGAAAGGCUCGAGAGCAACAGUUUGUGAAAAUUUACAAGCAAACCCCUCUCACUCUGGUAAUCAACAAAGUGUCAAUGUUAGUAACAAGACUGCGCCUUCCCGAUGCCCCGUUCAAGCACCAACACGAAGCAAGCCCAUUGACAUACAGGGAUCGAGAAAUAAUAAAAAUAAUCAUUCUGGUAGCUUCGGCAACGCCGGAUCGACGCCCAAGGGCCGCGGCGGCGGUCCCUUCCACGAAAAAGCGCGGCGGCGGAACGAGGCGUGCUUCGGCGACGCCGCGGAUCCCGCGCUCGACGACGACUUCGACUUCGAGGGGAACCUCGCGCUCUUCGACAAGCAGGCGCUGUGGCGCGAGAUGGGCUCCGCGGCGCGGCCCGACGUCGUGCGCGCGGCGGACGAGGCGGCGCGCUUCCGGCACGACGAGAACGUGCUGGGCGCCGCGCCCGCGCCGCGCGACAUCCGCCUGCCCGACGAGCUGCGCGGGCCCGUCGUGUUCAGCGCCGACGACGGCCGCCGCGUGCCCGCCGCCGCGCCCGCGCUGCGCCGCGCGCUGUGGGCCGGCCUGCGCCGCGCCGGCCUGCUGCCCGCCGCGCACACGCUGCUGGCGCGCGCCGCCGCCGACGUGGCGCUGCGCCUGGCGGGCGGCGGCCGGCGCCUCGAGGCGCGCAACGCGCACCAGGCGCCCGUGGCCGUGGUGCUGGCGGGCGCGCACCGCGCGGGCGCGGGCGGCGCGGAGGCGGCGCGCGUGCUGGCGGCGCACGGCGUGCGCGCGCACGUGCUGCUGGCGCCCGGCGCCGCCGCCGCGCCCGCGCUGCGCGCCGAGCUGGCCGCGCUGGCGCUGGCCGGCGUGCCGGCGCACGAGGCCGCGGCCACGCUGCCGCCGCCCGACGUGGUGCUGCUGGCGCUGCACGACCCGCUGGAGCCGCGCGAGGCGCCGGCGGAGGCGCUGGCGUGGGUGCGCGGCGCGCGCGCGGCCGUGGUGGCGGUGGAGCCGCCGGCGGCGGGCUGGGACGGCGUGUGCGCGCGCGCCUCGCUGCUGGCGGGGCUGCCGGCCGCGCUGCCGCCGGCGCUGGGCCGCGUGUACCUGGCCAACGUGGCGCCGCCGGCCGCGCUGUUCCGCGAGCUGGGCGUGUCCUACCGCCCGCCCUUCGGCGCCAGCUCCGUGCUCGCGCUCGACUGAGCGAGCGAACGAGCGAGCGAGCGCCGACCGAACGAGACCGUGUAUUUUUAUAUUGACGAAUAGAUUCUAAAUCUGA